AUGGCGCGGGUCUACGCAGAUGUCAAUCAAAACAUGCCCCGCAGCUACUGGGACUACGACAGUGUCAACAUUAGCUGGGGCGUUCUCGAGAACUACGAGGUGGUCAGGAAAAUUGGCCGUGGAAAGUACUCGGAGGUUUUCGAAGGCAUCAACGUCGUUAACUACCAGAAGUGCGUCAUCAAGGUCUUGAAGCCUGUGAAGAAGAAGAAGAUCAAGCGUGAAAUCAAGAUCCUGCAGAACCUGGCAGGAGGCCCCAACGUCGUCGCUCUGCUGGAUGUGGUCAGAGACUCGCAAAGCAAGACGCCAUCGCUCAUCUUCGAGCACGUUAACAACACCGAUUUCCGAAGCCUCUAUCCCAAGUUCAACGACCUUGAUGUCCGCUACUACAUCAAUGAGCUGUUGAAGGCUCUCGACUUCUGCCACAGCAAAGGCAUCAUGCACCGCGACGUCAAGCCUCAUAACGUUAUGAUCGAUCAUGAGAACAGAAAGGCAUGUCUCCGUGCUUGGAGUUUGCGGCUCAUCGAUUGGGGUCUGGCCGAGUUUUAUCAUCAAGGCACCGAGUACAACGUUCGUGUGGCCUCCAGAUAUUUCAAGGGCCCCGAACUGUUGGUCGACUUCCAGGAGUACGACUACAGUCUCGAUAUGUGGAGCUUGGGCGCCAUGUUUGCCUCCAUGAUUUUCCGCAAGGAGCCCUUCUUCCACGGUAACUCCAACUCGGACCAACUCGUUAAGAUCGCCAAGGUCCUCGGUACGGACGACCUCUUUGACUAUCUUGACAAAUACGAUAUCGAGCUUGACGCUCAGUACGACGACAUCUUGGGCCGUUUCCAGAAGAAGCCGUGGCACUCCUUCGUCACCGCCGAGAACCAGCGUUUCGUCAGCAACGAAGCGAUUGACUUCUUGGACAAGUUGUUGCGAUACGACCACCAGGAACGUCUCACUGCCAAGGAGGCUCAGGCCCACCCCUACUUUAACCCCGUUCGGGACCCAGAGGUUUUCAAGCAGCACCUGGCCAGUCAGACCGCAUCCGGUGUCAGCAGCAACUGA